UCGACUGCCUCAGGUGAUAGUGAAACUAUUAGACUCCAUUUUGUGAUUACGUGGAAAAGUACGUGAGAGGAAAAAUAAAACCAUAAGAAGAACUAAAAAGAAGAUUUCUGAAUGAUUUUGACACAGUUUCUCUUCAGGUAUAAAAUCAACAUUUGAUCUGCUGUCAUGAGCUCCAGAAAGAGUCUCUCUGGAGAAAGUGACACAAACACAAUGAACAGUUUGACUCAUGAAUCUCCUGAACCCAGCUGUGUGUCUAUGAAGAGUGAUGAAUCAAUGGGUAAACCAAUUGACUUCAGUUCAGGAGACUGUGAUGAUACAGAUGUGAGUAACACAACAGAUGUAUUAAACUCAAUCAAAAGGAAGCAAAUGGAUAAUGUUUUCAAGGAGCUUGAGCUCAAACUCAUCUCUCUGAUGAAGAAAGAGCUGAAGAUCUUCAAGAGUCUACUGAGUCCAGAUUACCCAUCAUGCUCUGAGAGAGAAGAGGAGGAUGAUGAAGAUCAGAUCAGAGUCAGAGAGAUGUUUCUUAAGAUCACACUGAACGUCCUGAAGAAGAUGAAGCAGACAGACCUCGCUAACAAACUACAGACCAAACUUGGCCCUUUGUGCAUGAAGAAACACAAAUCCAGACUUAAAGAGGAAUUCCAGAGAAUGAAUGAAGGAAUCUCAGCUCAAGGAAGCUCAAGACUUGUGCAUGAGAUCUACACAGAGCUGUACAUCACAGAGGGAGGGAGUGAAGACAUCAAUAAUGAACAUGAGGUGAGACAGAUUGAGACAGCAUCCAGAAGAUCAGAGACACAAGAAACACAAAUCAAAUGUAAUGACAUCUUUAAAGUCUCACCUGAACAAAACAAACCCAUCAGAAGUGUGCUGACUAAAGGAGUCGCUGGAAUUGGAAAAACAGUCUCUGUGCAGAAGUUCAUUCUGGACUGGACUGAAGAAAAAACAAAUCAAGAUCUUCACUUCAUAUUUCCACUUCCUUUCAGAGAACUGAAUCUGAUCAAAGAGAAAAAUAUCAGUCUGAUGGAUCUUCUUCAUCAGUUCUUCACAGAUACAAAAGAUCUGAGAUCAACAGACUUUGAUGAUUAUAAAGUUGUGUUUAUCUUUGAUGGUCUGGAUGAGUGUCGUCUUCCUCUAGAUUUCUCAAAGAAUCCGAGUUUGUUUGAUGUCAGAGAAUCAGCAUCAGUGGAUGUGCUGCUGACAAACCUCAUCAAGGGGAAUCUGCUUCCUUCUGCUCUGAUCUGGAUCACCUCUCGACCAGCAGCAGCCAAUCAGAUUCCUCCUGAGUGUGUUGAUCUGAUCACAGAUGUACGAGGAUUCAAUGACCCUCAGAAGGACGAGUAUUUCAGGAAGAGAAUCAAUGAUGAGAGUCUGGCAGACAGAAUCAUCACACACAUGAAAUCAUCCAGAAGUCUGUACAUCAUGUGUCACAUCCCAGUCUUCUGCUGGAUUUCAGCCACUGUUCUCCAGAGAAUGUUGAGUGAAGCAGAGAGUCAAGCACAGAUCCCCAAGACUCUCACUCAAAUGUUCACACACUUCCUGAUGUUUCAGAUCAAACUGAAGAGUCAGAAGUAUGAUGGGAAAUGUGAGGUAGAUCUUCAGCAGGCUAGAAAGAGUCUUAAGUCACUGGGAAAACUGGCUUUUCAACAGCUGGAGAAAGGGAACCUGAUCUUCUAUGAGGAGGAUCUGAGAGAGUGUGACAUUGAUGUCAGAGAAGCGUCAGUGUACUCAGGAGUUUGUACUCAGAUCUUCAGAGAGGAGUUUGGACUGAACCUGGGGAAGGUGUUCAGCUUUGUGCAUCUGAGCGUUCAGGAGUUUCUCGCUGCUUUAUUCAAGUUUCUGUCAAUCCUUCAGCAAACAUCAGGAAUCUUCAGCAGAUUGAGAUCAAAUAUGAGUGAUUUACUGAAGAGUGAAGUGGACAAGGCCUUACAGAGUGAGAACGGACACCUGGAUCUUUACCUCAGAUUUCUUCUGGGUCUUUCAGUGGAGUCCAAUCAGACAAUCUUACAAGUUCUGAUGAGACAGACAGGAAGAAGCUCUGACAGUAAACAAGAAAUAGUCGAGUACAUUAAGAUGAAGAUCAGAGAGAAUCUCUCUCCAGAGAAAUCCAUCAAUCUGUUUCACUGUCUGAAUGAACUCAAUGAUCAUUCUCUAGUGCAGGAAGUACAAUCAUAUGUGAACAGAGGACAUAAAUCUAGUCUUACUGGAGUCCAUCUCUCUCCUGCUCAGUGGUCGGCUCUGGUGUUUGUGUUACUGAACUCAGAAGAGAAGCUGGAUGAGUUUAAUCUGAGGAAAUAUGAUCCAUCAGAUGAAUGUCUUCUGAGGCUUCUGCCAGUGAUCAAAGCAUCCAGAACAGCUGAUCUGAGUCGCUGUAAUCUGACAGAGGAAAGUUGUUCAUCACUGACGUCAGUUCUCAGAUCAAACUCCUCAAGUCUGACAGAACUGAACCUGAGUCUCAAUAAACUGAAGGAUUCAGGAGUGAAGCUGCUCUCUGAUGGACUGAAGAAUACAAACUGUAAACUGAAGACACUAAAGUUGUUUAACUGCAUUAUUGGAUCUGAAGGUUGUGUUGCUCUGACUUCAGCUCUGAGAUCAAACCCCUCACAUCUGACACAACUGGAUCUGAGCUUUAAUAAUCCAGAAGAUUCAGGAGUGAAGCUGCUCUCUGAUCUACUGAAGGAUCCUCACUGUCAACUACAGACACUACUUCUGAGUGUCUGUAAUCUGACAGAGAAAAGUUGUUCAUCACUGGCGUCAGUUCUCAGAUCAAACUCCUCAAGUCUGACAGAACUGAACCUGAGUAACAAUAAUCUGAAGGAUUCAGGAGUGAAGCUGCUCUCUGAUGGACUGAAGAAUACAAACUGUAAACUUAAGACAUUAAAUCUGUCUGGUUGCAGUAUUGGAUCAGAAGGUUGUGUUGCUCUGACUUCAGCUCUGAGAUCAAACCCCUCAAGUCUGAGAGAACUGAACCUGAGUGACAAUGAACUGAAGGAUUCAGGAGUGAAGCUGCUCUCUGAUCUACUGAAGAAUACAAACUGUAAACUUAAGACAUUACAUCUGUCUAGAUGCAGUAUUGGAUCUGAAGGUUGUGUUGCUCUGACUUCAGCUCUGAGAUCAAACCCCUCACAUCUGACACAACUGGAUCUGAGAUUUAAUAAUCCAGAAGAUUCAGCAGUGAAUCUGCUCUCUGAUGUACUGAAAGAUCCACACUGUCAACUACAGACACUACUGUUAUACUGAAUUAUUAAUUUGCUGUUAAAUCAAAUGUUCCUUUGUAAUCUAGCUUCACUACUUGUAUACAAAACAGAUAGGAAGCGGGUGAUCUAUAUAAGGAGUUGAUAUACUUUUGAUAUACAAUCACUACAAAUGACAAACCACUAUAAAGUGCCUUCUGUACUAGAGCUGUUUACUGUCUCCAACUGGACAAACAACAGAAGUGACCCAGCAGAGCUCAACAUGACCAACAUGUGUAUAAAUAUCUAAAUUUUGACCACAGUAACUAUAGUUAAAUAAUGGUACAAAUUUACAACUGUCUCAGUUUAGCAAAAGUUUUUAGUACAAUUUGGUAAAACAAUCUGAUCAAACUACAGGUCAUU